UCUCCUGUUAAUAUACUGUUGUAUUAGUAGGCCUCUUCCGUGCUGUUUCAGUUAAAAAGAUGCUGCAUACAACCUCACUCAUCAGAGCUUGCUGCAACUGUCGUCCUAUAUUUUCUUGAUGCGUCAACAGGUUAAAAUUCUAGGGUUAUUCCGUGCUAAGAACUGAGGAGCGUCGCUAGUAAUUACAAUUUACAACUUGCAUUGGUCUCAGCGUAAGGUUAGCAUGCUUCUCCCUCUCUAUCUUUAAUUUUUUGCUUCACUGUACAGUUAGAAAGUUAGGCUUGUUAUGAUUUUUAAUUAGUUAACUUGAGCUCGUUGAGAUGAUAUGAAUUUUUUCGUAUGUCCCCUUAUGGGGGGUUUCACUGUCUUGCAGCAACAGUGCAACACAACAUAUUGAACUUAUCAAAUUGGAAGGCAUGCUCACACGCCUUUCUGUCAUCAUCAAAUAACGGAAGAUGGUCAAGUUAUGAUUUAUGAUAUCAGUGUAUUAAGUAUUACAUAUGUCCAUAUGAACAAGAAAUAAUCAUCAUGAUCAUUUCUGAGAUCGAUAAUAAGAGUCAUUAAAAAGGGACAAGAAAUAACCACUUGCUUCUGGGUCUUCUCUCUUCAGCAGGGGUGAUGCAUUCAAGAAUCAAGAUUCAGUGAAUCCACAAAAACCAAUAUUGCAGUCCUCCAUUGGCGGCAGGUACUCGAGAUAGGUAUAUGUUGUUGUUGCCCGGUAGGUGUGCUAUCACACGUCUAGUAAGUGGAGGUAAUUGUUUAAUUUCUCUUACUGGGACCUUUUUUAAUUGGACAGAAAUUUCGUACCUUUGGUAAGGUCACGGCCAAUGGAACGUCACUUUUGAAAACUCCGUUGGAUGUAUACUGACAUAAAUACACAAAAUAAUGCUCCACUUGCAAUGUUCUGGAUGUACUGACAUAUACUGUUUUCCUACCUGCAAGUGGACGUUUUGUAACUGAAGUGCACAUUGUCCCAUAUGUCUGCCAGUGCCUUGGUUUAGCAAUUUGACUAAUUUAAAACCUGCAUCGUAAAUGCAAACCACCUUGUUCAUUCUUGGCACUAAGUAUGGCUGUCUGAUCUCAUGAGGAUUAAAAUGAUGCUGCAUAUAAUCUCAUCGUGGUUGUUAACUGUUUCUACGUUUGUUUGGUACAUGAGCAGAUUAAAAUUAUAUAUUUAUUCCUAAAAACCGUGGAGUGUGUUACCACAACUUGCAUGAAUCUCAGCAUAAGGUUAGCAAGCAUGCCUCUUUCUUGUGUCCCAUCAGUAGGUAAUGUAUUAUAUCUGCCUAUAUGAAUAAAAUAUUAAUCCUUUGACGGCUGAUUAUGAUCAUUCCAAGAUCAAUCCUGUACCCAAUCAUAUUUAGACAAGUAUGUGACGCAUUCAAGAUUCAACUAAUCAAGAAAACUAAUGUUCUGGUGUCCUUGGGAGGCAGGUACUCGAGAUAAGUAUGUUUUGUUGUUGCACAGUAGGUGUGUUGUCACAUGUGUAGUCAGUGGAGGUAAUUGUUUAAUUUGCAUUCCUGCUACUUUUUUUUUAAUUUGCAUUCCUCUACCAUCUGCUAAAGUCACAACCAAUGGAACGUCACUUUUGAAAACAUGCAUUGGAUGCACCUGAUAUAAACUCAUAAUAUACUGCUCUACUUGCAAUAUUCUGACUGUCUGUUGCCUUGCGCUCUAGCUGUGCCUUAUUAAGAACUGAAGAUACCCCUAGCUGUUACCAAGGUAUGCUGGUUGUCCCUAUUCUAUUUUAGCCCAAAAAGAAUGCCCUGUGCUGAGCUGUUACACAAUUGGAUAAUUGUGAUUGGUUCCUAGCAAUCAAACUCAUCUACUUGACUCGCCAGAAGCCAAUAAUCACGUUGGCUUCCAAUUUCAUACAAGCAAAGCAUGCACGUCUUGCUCACACCAUUCUCUUCUCCAUUCCACUCCGUGCUCGUGUUUCCCAUUGUUGUGCCAAUCGUGUGAGCGUUCCAAUGGCGGAGGUGGUGGCCGCCAUGGCCAUCCGGCCACUGGUGUCCCUGUUGAUGAGCAAGGCAUCCAGCUCCCUCCUGGACCAGUACAAGGUGAUGGAGGGAAUGGAGGAGCAGCACAAGAUUCUCAAGCGUAAGCUUCCGGCCAUCCUCGACGUCAUCACCGAUGCCGAGGAGCAGGCCACGGCUCAUAGAGAAGGUGCCAAAGCCUGGCUUCAGGAGCUCAAGACUGUGGCCUAUGAAGCAAAUGAAGUCUUUGACGAGUUCAAGUAUGAAGCGCUCCGCCGUGAAGCCAGGAAGAAGGGGCACUACAACAAGCUUGGCUUCGAUGUAAUAAAACUCUUCCCUACUCACAAUCGUGUUGCGUUCCGUUACAAAAUGGGCCUCAAGCUUUGCCUGAUUUUGCAAGCCGUUGAGGUCCUCAUAGCAGAGAUGCAGGUCUUUGGGUUCAAGUAUCAACCGCAGCCGCCGGUGUCCAUGGAGUGGAGGCAGACCGAUUAUGUUAUCACUGACCCACAAGAAAUUGCAAGCAGGUCCAGAGACAAAGAUAAGAAGAAUAUUGUUGCUACACUACUUGGUCAAGCUAACAAUGCAGAUCUUGCAGUUGUUCCCAUCGUUGGAAUGGGUGGCCUUGGCAAGACCACAUUAGCACAACUCAUAUACAAUGAACCUAGAAUUCAGAAGCAUUUCGAAUUGUUGCUGUGGGUAUGUGUCUCUGAUGUCUUUGAUGUGAACUCCCUAGCCAAGAGUAUAGUUGAAGCAUCUCCCAAGAAAAAUGAUGAUACAAACAAACCACAACUAGAGAGACUUCAGAAAUUGGUCAGCGGGCAGAGGUAUCUCCUUGUGUUGGAUGAUGUCUGGAACAGAGAAGUCCAUAAGUGGGAAAGGCUGAAGGACCAUCUUAAGCAUGGUGCCAUGGGUAGUGCGGUGCUGACAACAACUCGUGAUAAAGGAGUUGCUGAAAUUAUGGGUGCAGAUACCCACAUUCUCGGUCGUUUGGAUGAUAGAUUCUUAAAGGAAAUUAUUGAGGCUGGAGCAUUCAGUUCCCGAAAAAAAAAGCCUGUUGAGCUAGCCAAGAUGGUUGAUCAGAUUGUGAACAGAUGUCGUGGCUCUCCUUUAGCUGCAAGUGCACUGGGUUCUGUACUUCGUACCAAGGCCACCGUGAAAGAAUGGAAGGCUAUAGCAUCUAGAAGCAGCAUUUGCACUGAGGAAACUGGAAUCUUGCCAAUACUCAAGCUUAGCUACAACGAUUUGCCAUCGCACAUGAAGCAGUGCUUUGCUUUUUGUGCUGUAUUUCCAAAGGAUUACAAGAUUGAUGUAGGGAAGCUGAUCCAACUAUGGAUCGCAAAUGGCUUUAUCCCUCAACACAAGGAAGAUAGUCUUGAAAUCAUUGGACAACUUAUUUUUGAUGAGCUUGCUUCAAGGUCAUUCUUUCUGGAUAUAGAGAAGAGUAAAGAAGACUGGGGUUAUUAUUCAAGAAAUUCAUGUAAAAUCCACGAUCUUAUGCAUGAUAUUGCAAUGUCUGUUAUGGAAAAGGAAUGUGUUGCUGCGACUAUGGAGCUAAGUGAAAUUGAGUGGCUUGGAGAUACUGCUCGGCAUUUGUUUUUAUCAUGUAAAGGAACAGAAGGUAUUUUGAAUGAUUCUUUGGAGAAAAGAUCCCCUGCCAUUCAAACACUCAUAUGUGAUAGUCCUAUGCAAAGCUCGUUGAAGCAUCUGUCAAAAUACAGCUCUUUGCAUGCCUUAGAGCUCUGUAUGUGGACAGAAUCAUUUCCACUAAAACCAAAGUAUCUACAUCACCUGAGGUACCUUGAUCUCUCGUGGAGUUAUAUCAAAUCACUUCCUGAAGAUAUAAGUAUUCUAUAUAACCUGCAAAUGCUGGACCUUUCCUACUGCUCUUAUCUUGAUCGACUUCCGAGGCAAAUGAAGUAUAUGACUUCCCUCUGCCACCUCUACACUCAUGGAUGUCCGGAGUUGAAGUCCAUGCCUCCAGAACUCGGAAAACUCAAAAAGCUGCAGACGCUCACAUGUUUUGUGGCAGCAGUUACUGGCCUUGAUUGCAGUGAUGUCGGAGAGCUGCAGCAUUUAAACCUUGGUGGGCAGUUAGACCUAUGUCAGAUAGAGAAUGUUAUAGCAGCAGAGGAAAAAGUGGAAAACCUUGGAAACAAGAAGGAUCUCAGAGAACUGACGUUAAGAUGGAAUUCUGUUUGUGAUAGCAAGGUUCUCGACAAUUUCAAACCACGUGGUGGGCUGCAGGUUCUGAAGAUAUAUUCCUAUGGAGGAGAGUGCAUGGGUAUGCUGCAAAACAUGGUUGAGAUCCAUCUUGUUGGUUGCCAAAGAUUGCAAGUUUUGUUCAGAUCUAGUACAAUCUUCACUUUUCCAAAACUGAAGGUGCUUACACUAGAGCAUUUGUUGGGUUUUGAGAGAUGGUGGCAAAUAGAUGAGAGGCAAGAAGAACAGACAAUAUUUCCUGUGCUUGAGAAGUUGUUUAUUAGUCAUUGUGGAAAGUUGGUAGCAUUGUGUGAAGCACCAUUGUUGCAAAGACCUUGUGGUGAAGGUGGUUAUAAAUUGGUACGCUCAGCAUUUCCUGCCCUAAAGGUGCUCGAACUGGAAGACUUGGAGAGCUUUAAGAGAUGGGAUGAAGUCGAAGAGACUCAAGGGGAACAGAUAUUGUUUCCUCAGCUUGAGGAACUGUCAAUUGAGAAAUGCCCAAAGCUGACAGCGUUACCUGAAGCACCGUUGCUUCAAGAAGCAUGCAGUGAAGGUGGUUAUAGAUUGAUACACUCAGCGUUUCCUUCCCUAAAGGUGCUGAAAAUGAUAGACUUAGAGAGGUUUCAGAGAUGGGGUGCUGCUACUGAAGGUGAACAGAUAUUGUUUCCUCAGCUUGAGGAGCUGUUUGUUUUGAGAUGCCCAGAGGUAAUAGGUUUACCUGAAGCACCAAAUCUCAGUGUAUUACAUAUUAUAGAUGGCAAACAAGAGAUCUUCCACUGUGUACACAGUUAUUUGUCUUCACUGACCAAUCUGACACUGAAGCUAGAAUACACAGAAAAAACAUCAGAGGCUGAGUGCACUUCAAUUGUACCAGUGGAUAACAAGGAGAAAUGGAACCAGAAAUCCCCUCUUACAGUUGUGGAGUUAGGAUGCUGCAACUCAUUCUUUGGACCAGGUGCACUAGAGCCGUGGGACUAUUUUGUACACCUUAAAAAGUUGGAAAUUGAUAGAUGCGAUGUGCUCGUCCACUGGCCAGAGAAAGUGCUCCAAAGCUUGGUAUCCUUGAGGACAUUAGUGAUUACAAACUGCGAAAAUCUGACUGGAUAUGCACAAGCUCCUCUUGAUCCAUUGGCUUCCGAAAGGAGCCAGCACCUGAGAGGUCUGGAGUCUCUUCAGUUAAAAUGGUGUGAAAGUGUGGUAGAGAUGAUCACUGGCCCGGCAUCUCUCAAGAGCAUGGAGAUUAGGUCGUGUCCUAAGCUUGAAUAUAUAUUUGGCAAGCAGCAGGGCAUGGCAGAGUUAGUUGAAGGAUCUACUAGCAGUGAGGCAAUCGUGCCUACAGCUGUAUCAGAGUUGUCCUCUUCACCCAUGAAUCACUUUUAUCCAUGCCUAGAAGAUCUACAUUUAGUUGGAUGUGGAAGCUUACCAGCGGUUCUAAAUCUGCCUCCAUCCUUAAAUACCUUACAAAUUGCUGACUGCAGUAGUAUUCAAGUCCUAUCAUGUCAGUUGGGUGGGCUCCAGAAACCACAACUCACUACCUCCAUAAGCAGAAGUCCUAUCAUGCCAGAGCCACUAGCAGCAGCAGCAACAGCAAUAGUGCAUUUACUUCCUCCCCAUCUCGAAGUUCUAGGAAUACAGGACUGUGCUGGCAUGUUGGGUGGGACUCUCUGUCUGCCUGCACCUCUCAAAGCACUGACUAUUAUUGGCAAUAGUGGGUUGACAUCAUUGGAGUGUCUGUCGGGAGAGCACCCCCCAUCGCUGGAAGUCCUUGGUCUUCAAAGAUGCAGUACCCUUGCAUCCUUGCCGAAUGAGCCGCACGUAUACAGUUCUCUCAGGUUUCUUAAAAUUACAGGCUGCCCUGCUAUAAAAAAGCUCCCUAGAUGCCUGCAGCAGGAACUGGGCAGCAUCAAAUACAAACAACUCGAUGCCCAGCAUGAAGUGAUGGCACUUAAACCGAAGACAUGGAAGCAGAUGCCAAGGCUAGUCCGUGAGCGGAGGAACGCCGCUACAGAAGCCAAGGAACGCCAACGAUCCACUAGGCAGGAGUAAACAGGUCGGAAACCAUGUAGAAAGGGCAUGGAUUCUGAUUCUGAUUGUUGCUCUGCUCUGCUAGGGGAAUGGCCUGUGAUUGCUUCUACAACUGAACUAUGCCUCAGUCGCACUUGGUCGAGAACUGUCAAGCAUCUCUGAAUCAAAAUCCUAGGCCGAGAAGAUCUCAUCUUGUUCUGGUUUGCUGCUGCCCAGUCAAGCGAGUAAAACAGGGAAGAAACAACGUAGAAAGGGCAUGGUAGUCUAUUUUAUUUUGCUUCAGAAAUUGUACCAAUUCAUGCCAUGAUUGUUAUCUGCUCUCUGUUAAACUCGGACCUUUAUCUUGUUCAAGAUUCCGAUACUUGCCAGGUUUAGUAGAAG